GUUGAUAAAGCAUUGUUUGAGAAAAUAGUGCGAUCAUGAAACUUGAUAUUUUGAAAGUGGUAUUAGAAGUGCUGUUACAAAAAUUCGAUAUCGAAAAUGACGAUUUUUUCCAACCAAACACGUUCAAGUUAUCAAAAAACUUAUUCAAUGGUAUCAUAAUCCCCGAUCUUUUCGAAAACGUGGUGGAAACUAUCAAGAAACGGGCCACAAAAGAAUCCAAAAAAGAAGAUUGCGUUAAAAAAAUAUUGUACAAAGCAUUACUGGUAAUAUUUUUGAAUACUACACAACAAGAGAGAUUUUUAUAUUUGAAAAAAUUAUUACAACAUUUUUAUGAUGAAUUAGUACAAACACUAUUAAAACUCGAAAAGAACGAAUCGAUACCGACAAUUGAAGAGUUCAUCGAACUCGUUACGAAUCUUCUGCCAUACGUCAAACUUCAAGUUGUCAAAUAUAUAUCCGAACAAGAAAAAAAAGAAGAAGAUAAACUAAAAGCGAGUUUGAUGGAAUUGUACGAAACGGUACUGCAUCCUAAUAUUAGUCGGGAAGAUUGUUACGAAAUAAUUCAAAAUAAAUUAGGAGAUUUUGAUACCGUGGAAUUUACAGAUUUCGAAAUAAAACCGGUCGAUGAAAAAAAAGGUUUCCUCGGCGAAUAUUUCAUAUUAAAAAUCCACGUAAUUAACCAACAACAGAGUGAACAACACCAGUUUUUCUACAAGCACACACCAACUAAAACCGACGAAAUCCGCACGAACAUGGCACAACUUUCGUUCAGAAAAGAAGAAAAAUUUUAUAUGACGUUUGUACCGCAGUUGAAGAAAAUGGGGUUCGGAAAAAUCGUCGAUUUCUUACCGCAAUGUUAUUUGUCACGUAAAGACAGAUUUAUGGUAUUCGAAGACGCUUCCGCGAAUAAUUAUUCGAAUUUAGAUAUAAAAAUACCGUUUACGUACCAACAACUUUCUCUACUUUAUAAACAACUAGCUAAAUUCCAUUCUUGCGGUUUACUUUUCGAAGAAAAACUGUCUAAAAUACUAGGAACUAAGUUCAGAAUGGGUAAUUAUUACAAAGAAAUGUUGACAGAAAGUUUCGCGAUCAAAAAUAAUCGACAUAUAGAGAAUUUUUUCGAUACUUGUAUCAAAACAAACGGAUACGUUAUCGACAAAUUUAAAUAUAUACUUGAACGAACUAACGUAGACGAAUUUAAACUUAAAUGCUCUAAUUCGCUUCUAAAUUAUUUUAACGUUGUUCAAACUUCGAAUAACCGUCGAAAUUUUUUAACUCACGGCGACCUCUGGUGUAACAAUUUCUUUUUCCACAACGACCAAUCGUCUUGCUUGAUAUUGGACUUCCAAAUUAUCAGAUAUAAUUUACCAAGUUAUGAUGUAAAUUUCUUAUUAGCUACAAAUACUGAUCUAAGUACUAGACGAAAAUACGGGGAUAAACUUUUAAAAGAGUAUUAUUCGAAUUUAAAAUCGUGUUUGUCCGAAUUUGAGGUUAAUUUACGAAAUAUAAUGACGUACGAUCAAUUUCUAGCAGACGUAGAUGAUGUAAAAGCAACUUCUCUCAGUGUAGCUCUUAUGUAUUUACUCACGAUAUUGUUACCUAAAGAGAAGAUGGCUCGUAUUUUCGAAGAUCCAGAACUAUCUCAAAAUUUUUUUACCGGAGAUAGAAGCAAAAUUAUGGACGAACUGUGGGAUGACUUAAAACACAAAUCUAGAUUUGAAGGUGUCAUUCACGAAUUGUGUUCAGUAUUUAAUAAAUAGUUCUAUGAUAAUUAACCUAUAUAAUAUGGUGAUUUUGUUAUGGAAGGUGAAUGUACAGCAAUUAAAUUUAUUAUGUAAUGUAUUGGAUUGAAAUAAAACAAUAUUUAGAUCUAAUAUUUAUUCAUACCUACUUUUAAUAGUGCCAAAC